AUAGUCUGCGCUGCUUUCAACAGACACACCGCGUUUCAGCCGUAGAGAGAGAGAGAGAGGGGGGGAAAGAGAGAUAGAGAGAGAAUAGAGAGAGAGAGGGGGAGGGAAGUCCGCUGUUGUUGUUCCUGGUCCGGCUGCAGAGCUGCACACCAGUCUGCGAGGAGCAGGGCGACACACCGCCGCACACCGGACUCAGCACCCAGGGAUCUAGCAUGGGGGUCAAAGUCUACAUCGCGUCGUCCUCCGGGUCCACUUCGAUCAAGAAAAACCAGCAGGACGUCAUGGGCUUCCUGGCGGCCAAUAAGAUCGCGUUCGAGGAGUGCGACAUCGCGGCCGACGAGGGCAACAGGAAGUGGAUGAGGGAGAACGUCCCCGAGGAGUCUCGGCCGGCGGCGGGGAACCCUCUCCCGCCGCAGAUAUUCAACGAGUGCACGUACUGCGGGGACUACGAGGCCUUCUUCGACGCCAGAGAGGACAACGCCGUGUACGCCUUCCUGGGUCUGACCGCUCCCCCCGGCUCCAAGGAGGCGGAGGCUCUGGCGAAGAAAGCGCAGCAGUAGCAGCUUCACACCGAAAUUCUACCUGAGACCCGAACCCAGACCUGGACCCAGACCUGGACCCAGACCUGAAUCCAGACCUGAACCCAGACCUGAACCCAGACCUGGACCCAGACCUGAACCCAGACCUGGACCCAGACCUGAACCCAGACCUGAACCCGGGCGGACCGAGAACUGAUCCAGGAUGAAAACGAGCAACAUUUCACUCAGCUUCUUAAUAUGUGAAUUUCUCUUCUAUUAAUCUGUGUUCAGCUGUGCCUUGACGGCUGUAGUGGAAGGGGGUGCUAAAGCAGAGCAUUAUGGGUAAUUUCUCCGCUUCCCCUCAUUGACCUCGGCCUGCUUUGGCCUCACGACAUGUCAAUCAUCCACGAGCGUGAAGGCCUAGCCUCCUAUUUUGAGAUAGUCGGACACAACUAAGUGUCCGCACUUUGAAAAGUUGAAAGUCGUUCCACAGAUUUGGUCAUAAAACAAUAUUCCGCUCAUUAAUUUCACUCGACAGGUUCAAUUAGAGCCUUUAAGUCUCGUUAGUCGAUGACGUCAUCGCCAAAACCCGCAGCCCCGUCUGUAAAGUGACCCGUUACGAUCCCACCCUGUGUUUUUGGUUACUCUCUACGGUCUUAAUGCUGAUUUAAUAGCAAACUUUUUUCUACGAGCAGAUGUAUGUAUUCAAAGUGAUGACCACGUGCCCCAAUUACAGUUACAGGGAUGUGAAUUUGUUUUUGUUUUUAUUCGCCGUUGGUGUUUUUUGGGGAGUCGGAUCGCUGUUCGGUUUCACGUUGUGUUGUUGGUGAUCCCGGUGUGACGCAAUCUUUAAAAAUAAAUACAAUAAUAGCGCAAAUAAUAGC